AUGGUCCAGGAGACUGCAUCAGUGAGGACCGCGCAGCUGGCGGGAGAGGCAAGGCGACCUCCAGGGCUCAGACGCAGGUCGGGAGUCGAAGGCGCGACCAGGCGAGCGAUGGCCGGGCGAGGAAUUGCGGUCCGCAGACCCGGGUGCCCCAUCACUGGAGUCCAAGAAAGCCAUGGCCUUGCUGCGUUGUUAGAACAAGCUGGAUAUAGAUUCGAGCAGAAGAAUGGGCAGAGAGUUUUUGGGCCCCCGUACUUCUGGGACGGACCCCCGCCCGAGAAAGGCUGCGAAGUGUUCGUGGCAAACCUCCCUCGCAAUGCGUUUGAGGACGAGCUGUUCCCGCUGUUCAGCAGGGCAGGGACUAUAUACCAGAUGAGACUAAUGAUCGACUUCUCUGGCACAAACAGAGGAUUUGGCUUCGUUCAGUUCACCAGUCCGGAAGAAGCUCGCUCUGCCAUCACCACUGUUAACCAACUUGAAAUACGACCCGGAGUUUGCGUCCGAGUUUUCAAAUCCAUCGACAAUCGACGCCUGUACGUCGGCAACAUAGCGAAAGAAAUGUCGGCAGCUGAGUUGACCAGCUUCUUCACAAGAGAGGUUGCAGGGGUUGUUGACGUGAUAGUGUACCACGCAAUCAACAACAAGUCUUUAAACAGAGGAUUCGUGUUCUUGGAGUUUGCAAGUCACGCAGAAGCAGUAUGUGCCCGCAGACAGUUGAAACUUACAUUCGUGCAGUCUGGCCAUCCCUUAGUUGUAGACUGGGCAGUUCCUGAACCUGAAGUUCCAGACCAUAUCAUGAAGAAGGUAAAGGUUUUGUAUGUGCGAAAUUUACUCCUUUCUACAACAGAAUUUAUUAUUUGGAAUGCCAUGACGUCAAUUGUAGGAAAUGCAGUCGUGAAAGUGAAAAAAAUAAAUGAUUUUGCCUUUGUACAUUUUACAACACGUUGUAAGGCAGAAAUGGCACUCAUGUUUUGGAACAGUGUGCCGGGGGCGGCGUUGUGGUGCCUGGGCAGGGUCAGCGGCUGA